AUGACAAACGAUACAAAAAGACAAAAAAGAUCAGAUAGAAAACCACUAAUUUUAAAUUUUUUUGAACAUGCUGGACCAAGUCAAAUGAAACCUGGUAUCUUUGCUCAUCCAAAAGAUGAAUCAACAACUUAUAAAGAUAUUGAAUAUUGGAUAAAAUUAGCAAAAUUAGCUGAAAGAGGAAAAAUUAAUAGUUUAUUUAUUGGUGAUACUUUAUCUCCUUAUGAUGUUUAUGAAGGUCCAGAAAGUGUAAAAAACACUGCAAUAAACGCUGUUCAAUUCCCAACAAAUGAGUGA